GUAGAAAUGUGUACGAAUGGGCGUUGAAGAGAAUUUUCCUUGACGCGCUCGACAGUGAUAUACACGAAUAAGUCUGUUGGAAUGGAUUUCACAGAAGCCUAUUCUGACAGAUGUUCAGCUGUUGGGCUUGCAGCUAGAGAAGGGAAUGUCAAACAUUUGAAGAAGCUAAUCAAACAGGGAUACAGUGUUGAUGUUCCUGAUAACCGAGGUUGGAUGGCAAUUCAUGAAGCAGCCUUUUAUAACAAAAGUGACUGCCUGAAGCUCUUACUUCGUGCUGCACCCUCAGAUGACUACAUCAGCGCAAAGACAUUUGAAGGCACUUGCCCACUGCACCUUUCUGCAAAUCAGGGGAGCUUGGAAUGUGUCGCCAUUCUUUUGAAAUCUGGAGCCAGUCCUAAUGAGGUUACUAACAAUGCGACCACACCAUUGUUUUUAGCUGUUGAAAAUGGACACAUUGAUGUGAUAAGGCUUCUACUUCACCAUGGAGCAAGUGUUAAUGGGCCACACUGUUGGUCUGAAUGGAACUCUUUGCACCAGGCUUGUUUCAGCGAUGAAUACGUUAAGUGGAUAGGAGCCAACACAGAAUCAGAGGAUGACUUUGGGAUCACGCCUUUAUUCAUCGCUGCACAAUAUGGAAAUCUGGAAUGUUUAAGGAUACUUAUAUCACAUGGAGCAAACGUCAACUGUCGAGCCAAAGAUCGGGCCACGCCGUUAUUUAUUGCUGCGCAAGAGGGCCAUGGCACUUGUGUGGAAUUGUUGCUGUCAAAGGGAGCAGACCCGAACCUCUAUUGUAAUGAAGAUGAAUGGCAGUUACCUAUCCACGCUGCAGCACAAAUGGGGCACCGAAACAUUCUGCGCUUCCUCAUUCCAGUUACGGAUCGGCUUUGUGGCACUGCCGAAGGCAAACUGAGCCCUAUCUACUCAGCCAUAUAUGGUAGACAUGAAGAUUGCUUGGAACUCUUGCUUGAGGAAGGUUACAGCCCAGAUGCCCAAGCGUGUCUGGUCUUUGGCUGCAGAUCACCCAUGUCCCUGGCUUUCACAAAGGGGUAUGUAUAGUUGGGAUUUAUCCUGAUGCUUCUCAAAUAUGGGAUCACUCUUCAUGAAGCCGAUCUAGGCCUCUGUCUGUUCUAUGAAAAGUUCUCUUUAUUUCAGUAUUUCUUGAAGAGGGGCUGCAAGCUUCCUGGUGACCAAGAUAUGGAAGAAUUUCAUGCCAUCGAUGUACAAGGCCAGUACAAAGAGUGGCUGCCAUCUCUCCUGCUUGCUGGAUUUAAUCCUGUUAGUCUCCUCUGCAAGUCAUGGAUUUGUUCUGCAAACAAUGAUGCCCUGAAUUUUCUGUUAGAAUUCACUGAUUGGAAGAGACUUCCUUGGGAUUUGGAGCAGAUCCUUUCUGAGCACAAAAGGACCUCUUCGUGGGUGCCCCGUAGUCACUUUGAGUUCAUCCCUCCCUUGUCUCACCUUUGCCGCCUGGAGAUCCGAUCACUUUUAGCAAGCGAUCGUUUACGAUCAGACCAGUUUAUCCACCAGCUGCCGUUGCCCACUGGUCUGCAGGACUAUGUCCUGUUCUCGGACAUUUUAACAACGUAUGGUGUUGCACGAUCUUCACUGACCCUGGGAGAAGUGCAUGAAGGAGAUGCUCUGCCACCUCUAGGUGUUUCAGGAACUACAGAAAGAAGAGGAACUUAGCAGAGUACCAAAGACUUUUGGUAGUUGUGAGGACCAUGUUCUGCCUCUGUAUGGAAGUGGCUUCCAUGGUUAAGGUUCUGUAGGACCAGCCAUGCACUGUCCGAUCCCAUCAGAUUUUGGUCCAAGUUGAUGUUCACCAGUGAGAAGAUGAAGCCUCCUGCUCAGCACCCCAAACUCUGCCCUCCUUAGGCACUGGCCCCCAUCUCCAGGAAUUUCUCAGGUUGGAGUUGGCAACACUACUAUGGAUUGAAGCAAUGGCUCCAGUGAGACACAGAUGCUUUCUUUAACUGUUGUUUUCUUCAGCUGUUCCAAAUAUGGAAAUGCCCCAGGUCAAAAUGACUUACCCUAUUCUCAUAUUGUUCUCAUUGUCCCAUGAUGAUUUUCCAGUGAUCAAUUUUUGUUUUAAUUAGGGGUUUCUUUGUUUUCUGUGUGGAUGGGGAUAUGUGAAGUUGCAGCAGUGUGUUCAUAGUAACUAAAUGUGUGGUGGACAAGGAUGUACCCAGUUCAGACUUCACCUUGGCCACGCAGCUUUACAGAAGGUCUUUGUAUCAUCCCUGUCUUCAAUGUCUUCGUAUCAUCCCUGAUCUACAAUACGGGGCUCACAAUACUACUACUAUGUGAGAGGAUUCUUGUAAUGAUGUUGAGAUCAUGCAUAUGUCUGGUGCUUUGAACUCUGUACCAGCCUUUCUCAAGAAUCCCCUUUUUAAUUUUUUUCAAGUACCCAGAAGCUUUCCCGUCUCCCACUGGUUUAUUCUGUACAGUUA